AUGGCUGUUGAAGACCUCAGUACUUGUAAUAAUAAUGAAAAUAAUAACAUUUCACUGCCAGUUCCAACCAAUGAAGGGUUUUCGGGAUCGGAGAGUCAGCUUUGCGUGCCACAAGACUCCUUGGAGGACAUAGACUGGUUCCCUGAUUUUACUGAUGAAAUCAUCUCUCUUGAUGGCUUUUCCCUAACCCCAGAACACGAAUCCUUCUCUUCUGCUUCAGCAAAUUCCUACGAGGUGCCAGAACUGAAGACUCCUGAAAAUGAACAAACAAUUGCUUUCACCAACAAGAAACAAAGGGGUAAGCGAGAGGGCAAGCGUGGCUAUUGGUCUAUAAAGCAGGAGAUGGAUUCUACUACAAUACCCGACAAUAAAUUAGAAGCCGUUGUUGACGUCGCUGAAUGGAAUCCGUAUGUGAGGCGAAAGUGCAGUCACUGUCUCGCCGAAAACACUCCGCAAUGGAGGAUGGGGCCACUGGGGCCUAAGACGCUGUGCAACGCUUGUGGGGUGCGAUACAAGUCGGGGAGGUUGGUGCCUGAGUACCGGCCUGCUGCAAGCCCCACUUUUGAUACAAUGAAACAUUCCAAUUUUCACAAGAAAAUAUUACGGCGCAGGGCUUUGAGUGGCUAG